AAUAAUACUCAAGUCUCAACCUUCACUUAUUUCUUCUUUCCACUUGAUUCUUGAAACGCCGGUCAAUUUCUCCGAUCAUGGCAGUUUCCGGUGUGUCUCGGCUCAUAUUGGCCGUGAGCUGCGCAGCUCUGGUCUUAGCUGGCUACUCUGUUUACCAGAACUCAAUACCCGCCGCCACAGACGGCCAAAUCAGCCAGCUUAGUAAAGUCAUGAUGAUCCCCGCUUGGUUGGACGACACACUAGACGCGGCCAACUUGUUGUCUUACUUUGGUUUCGGCAAAUCCUCCGGCAAGCUUUCCACCCAAGCUUGUGUCUUUGCCGCCGUGAAAGAAGUUGUGGACGCCGCCAUAAACGCGGAGGCUCGCAUGGGCGCCUCCCUCAUCCGUCUCCACUUCCACGACUGCUUUGUUGAUGGAUGUGACGGUGGGAUCCUGCUGAACGACACCGCAAGCUUCACAGGGGAACAGGGUGCAGCGCCGAACAGUGGUUCGGUGAGAGGGUUCAGCGUGAUCGAGCAAGCCAAACUGAACGCCAAAACUAAGUGCUCCGACACGCCCGUUUCUUGUGCCGAUGUCUUGGCUAUUGCUGCUCGCGAUUCCUAUGCCAAAUUCACAGGUCGAACCUACAACAUAACCUUAGGCGCGAGGCGUGAUGCACGAACGGCGAAUUUAACCGGAGCAAACACCCAACUUCCAGCACCAUUCGACAACCUCACUGUCCAAACUCAGAAGUUUGCAGAUAAAAACUUCAGCCAGCGAGAGAUGGUGGCGUUGGCCGGAGCACACACGAUAGGGGUUUCCCGGUGUGUGCUUCUGUGCCAGAGCGGUAAUCUGAACGCCAACAGGACCGCCACCUUGGCAUGCAACUGCACUGCCCCCGGCACAGCGGUGGUUGGCAUGGAUCCCACACCCACAACUUUCGACAAGAGAUACUUCGAGGAGUUAGUCAAAGGUCAAGGCCUUUUCUUUUCCGAUGCAGAACUGAUGAGCAGUAACACGACCGGCACCGUCGCGAGGAGGUACAGGGAUGCCACUGGUGCUUUCCUCACUGAUUUUGCCGCCGCCAUGGUGAAGAUGAGCAACUUGCCGCCUUCCCCCGGAGUUCAGCUCGAAAUUCGCGACGUCUGCGGUCGUGUUAACGCCAACUCUGUUGAAUCUAUGUAAAUACUAGUCUCACUCUUUCCCUCAUUCCUUGUUUUUACCGUUUAUAGUGAAUCCAAGAAUGAAGAUAGCUAUGUGAAAAUUUCACUUUGAAAGUGAGGUUUUGACUACGUUUUGUUUAACAAUAAUAAUAAACACGGAUGAAAGAAGGGGGCUUUGUUUUCUUAUCACCAUUUUGUCGGAGUUAUGCUAUGUUUGACCGACAUAAGUUUCUGUCUUCUAUCUUUUAUACUAUUUAAAAAGUAUUUAAAAACUUCUAGUUGUAUGUUUGACACGUCAAUUUUUAAGAGCUUUUAUAAAAAUUAAAGAUCUUUUUUGAAA